GCGCGCGGGCGGCGGGGCCGCUUUGUGACGAGUGGCGGCGGGUUCGGGGCCCGGCGGCGGCAUGUCCCGCGUGUCGGUGCUGGGAGUGUCGGUGCUGGAGAACCCGAGCCCGUUCGGCCGCCCGCUGCGCUUCCAGGUGCAGUUCGAGUGCGGGGAGGCGCUGCCGCGCGACUUGGAGUGGAAGAUCAUCUACGUGGGAUCUGCGGAGAGCGAGGAGUAUGACCAGGUGCUCGACUCUGUUCUGGUGGGGCCUGUCCCAGCUGGGAGGCACAUGUUUGUGUUUGAGGCCGAAGCCCCCAACCCCAGCCUGAUCCCUGAGAGCGACGCAGUGGGGGUGACUGUGGUGCUCAUCACCUGCACCUACCUGGGCCAGGAGUUCAUCCGUGUGGGCUACUACGUCAACAACGAGUACACGGACCCUGAGCUGCGGGAGAACCCCCCACUCAAGCCAGACUUCUCCCAGCUGCAGAGGAACAUUCUGGCCUCCAACCCCCGCGUCACCCGCUUCCACAUCAACUGGGACGGCCCCAGCGACCAGAUGGAGGACAUUGAGAACGUGGACCCGGAGCCUGAGGGUGUGCUGUCUGCCAGCUGCACCUCAGCCAAGGGGCCGGGCACUGCCCUCGGCAUCCUACCUGAGAACUCCAUGGACUGCAUGUGAUCCAGGGCACGGCCAGAUCUGGACACGGGAACCUAAGGAUACAGCCAUUGCGUGGGGAAGGGGAUCUGACUGGCUUCACGGGGGCUGCAUCCAAGUACUACAGGAAAGUGGUACCAAGUAUCAGCAGGGAAACCUGGACAUGUUCUAGUGGGGUAACUAAAGGGUUAAUCCCUCUCCCUAACCAAGGGGGUGUCUGACUAUGGCCCUUCCCUUUAGCCUGCGACUGGGGGCACCUGCUUUGCAGCUGGGCUAGGGAGCAAUGGGAGCUGUAGGUCUGCUGGCUCCUCCCCCACUUUCUCUGUCUCUGCACCAAUCACUGCUGGCUCCGUAGGAAUCACCCUAGACAAGCACUUAGUCCCACCCACCCUGCAUGAGGCCAUCAGCUCAGGGAGCCCCUGGGGCUUGGGUGGCUUGCCGGGAAUGUGAGCCAGCUCCCUUGGGAACCAUCCCCACCCCUGCGGUGACCCAGUUCUGCUCCUUCCAGGGCUGCUGCAGCCAUGGCAUGCACCUGCCUGGGAUCCCAGACUCCCCGUCAGACCCCUCCUUCGCUGUCUCUAGCUGGGCAGUCGUAUGCUCUCCCCUCCAUCCCAUGCUGCCCACGUUGGCUUUGCAGCGCUGCUGCCUGGGAGUCCUCUUCCUGGGAACAUCUGAAUAACUCUAGAGCAGCUCCCUCCAGCUGGAGGAUUGUAUCCCUGCCCUCCCCUCCCCCCCGCCUCCGGGGGGCAUCAGACAGCGUUUCAUCCUAGCUAUGGCACAUCAUGAUUCUACCAGCUCCUCUGGGGUAUGACUUGCUCCAGCUUCUCUCCUGGCCUCUCCUAUAUACAGCCCUUCCUGGGGUGAAGGGGAACCAACGUACAGAGCCCUUGUGAUCACAUAGCUCGACCUCAGGGGUGGAGGUGUGCACCCCGCGUGGCAAAGAGCUGGGUCUGAUGUGCACUAGGGUGCAUUAGAAUCAGAGCCUCCUGAUGGAUCCACUUCUUUCCUUCACCCUCAAGAAGAGUCUCUGACAACGCCUACUGGGUCUGGUGUGUUGCACUAGGAAACCUGCUUCUGUUCUACUAGACCGAUCCAUCACUCUUAGAGCAGCGUCUGCAGCCUGAUCCGGAAUGGAGCAUGCCCCUGCUUAGCCGGCUGUGGGAUGGAGAUCCUAUUCACUCUCUAGAGUAAAUGGCCAGUUACAAACCCAGCUGGGAUCUUGAGCCCUCCACCAGCCUCCAUGGGGGGAAAAGAGAUUAUUUGGGGGAAUCACUAGUUCAGUUCUGUUCUGAAGUGCCCUGUUCUGACCUUGUCCAUUUCCUUCUCUGAUGUAGUAGGAGUCUUCUUUGCAUACAUGGUUUUUUUGUUUGUUUGUUUUUUAUUUUAACUAUUGAAAGUGUCUUAAGUCAACGUAGGAAUAAAGCUCUUGGAACGA